UCUCCACUCCCAUGGCUUCCCUUCACUCCUCUCCCAACCACAAAAUCGCUUCUUCCCACCACUUCCUUCCACCACCCACCCAAACGCAGCCAACAAACCUCAAUCCAUACUCCCCCAACAAAACAAAAUUACGUGACCGAUCCAUUCACAUUAUUACAAGCUGCUCAACACUCUCAAGCAUCGAAACCGGGUCUCGCCCCCUCCACCAAAUCUGGCGCCAAAUCCAGGGCGAGAACAACUGGGAUAACCUUGUAGACCCCAUGAACCCCCACCUGCGCCGAGAAAUCAUCCGCUACGGCGAGAUGGCCCAGUCCUGCUACGACUCCUUCGACUUCGACCCCCACUCCAAAUACUGCGGCACCUGCAAGUACGACCCUCCCAGCUUCUUCCCCCGCCUCGGCAUGUCCGGCCGCGGCUACACCCUCACCCGCUACCUCUACGCCACCUCCAACAUCAACCUCCCCAACUUCUUCCAGAAAUCCACCACCAACAAUAUUAACAAUAUCUGGAGCCCCCACGCCAACUGGAUGGGCUACGUCGCCGUCGCCACCGACGCCGACGAGAUCCGCCGCCUCGGCCGCCGCGACGUCGUGGUGGCAUGGCGCGGCACUGUCACCUACCUCGAGUGGAUCCAUGACCUCAAGGACAUCCUCCGGCCCGCCCACUUCCGCGACGACCCCAACGUCAAGAUCGAGUCGGGCUUCUUCGACCUCUACACCUCCAAGGAGAAGGAGCAGGACUGCGCCUUCUGCUCCUUCUCUGCCCGCGAGCAGGUCCUCGCGGAGCUGAGGCGGAUCAUCCACCGCUUCAGGGGCGAGGACCUCAGCAUCACCAUCACGGGGCACAGCCUGGGCGCCGCGCUGGCCCUGCUCAGCGCCUACGACGUGGCGGAGGUGCAGCUCAACAGCGGUAUCCCCGUCACGGUGUUCUCCUUCGGGGGGCCUAGGGUAGGGAAUUUGAGGUUCAAGGAGCGGUGCGACGAGCUGGGGAUCAAGGUGCUCCGAGUGGUGAACGUGCACGACCGGGUGCCGACGGUGCCCGGGAUCAUCACGAAUGAGAAAUUUCAGUACCAGAAAUACCUAGAGGAUGCAAUGUCAUUUCCAUGGAGCUACGCACACGUAGGUGUGGAGUUAGGUUUGGAUCACACACACUCCCCAUACCUAAAAAACACCAUGGACUUGAGAUGUGCUCACAACCUUGAGGCGCAUUUGCACUUGCUGGAUGGCUACCACGCCAAAGGUGAAAAGUUUUGGUUAGCGUCCAAAAGAGAUAUUGCACUGGUGAACAAGAGCUGCGACUUCUUGAAGCCGGAAUAUGGCGUGCCGCCAAAUUGGUGGCAGGACGAGCACAAAGGGAUGGUGAGGAGCAGAGAGGGGCGGUGGGUAGUGCCGGAACGGCCAAGGAUGGAAGCGCAUCCGGCCGACACGGCCCACCACUUUGAGCAAGUCAUCAAGUAUGCAAAGUAGAGGUGGGAGGAGUUGUUUUAGGCGUGAUGGAAAAAUUGGGGAUGGUGUGGUGUGGUGCCAACUCCACUACCGUAUUUCGUGGCUGUUGUUUUCUUUUCUCCUUUGUUCGGUGCAGUAUUGUAUAGUCGUGCUUUCAUGAGUUAGGGAUGUUAUAUAAGUGGAAUUCUUGCUUCA